UGUCCCUGUCCCAUCCCUGUCCCCUAAUGCAGCCCAAUGGCUACAAGGGACAUUCCUGGUGCUCCUGGGCUCUGGCAAUGGGGAAACUGAGGCAGGGAGGAGCUCAGUGCCCAGCCCUGGCUCCAGCCCUGUCCCUGGCCACAGCCACGGCCCCGGGGGGGGCCCAGGACACCCCCCCCGACCACAGGGUCCUCCCUGAGCUCCGCGUGUCCUCCGAGACCGGAGCUGUGUUUGUGCACGAGCUGAAGCGGGAGCUGUUCCUGGAGGCCUUCGUCACCCGGAGUGAGGAUGAUGGAGCCACCCCCAUCACCUUCCACGCUCACCUCCGGGACCACCCGGACCUGCCGCUGUGGCUGCGGUACACCCAGCGCGACCCCCACCAGCCAGGAUACCUGUAUGGCUGCCCCACGGCCACCGAGGUCGGGCCCCACACCAUUGAGGUGCUGGCGUACAACCGGCUCACCUAUGAGACAGCAGCUCAGAGCCUCCUCAUCACCAUCAUCCCUGCUCCACGUGGGCACCCCCCGUUCCAAGGGGAGUUCCUGGUGGGGAACAGGAACGUGGAGGAGCUGCUGCCUGUGGCCGCACGGGACAUGUUCCUACAGGCAACGGAGGGUGUCUGGGAACAGGGAGACCUCCAGGUCAUCAAUGUCACCUCAGCCCUGGACCGCGGCGGCCGCGUCCCACUGCCCAUCGAGGGGCGCAGGGAGGGGGUCUAUGUGUCCGUGGGGUCCCACGGCCCCUUCUCGGGGUGUCUGACAUCAGCCUCUUCAUCGCGGAGCCGCUUCCUGUGCAGCCUGGGCCAGCAGCCUCUUGCCUCCUGCUACGACACCUUCGCCCCCCACUUCUCCAUCCAAUGGUGCAACCUCACCCUGCUGCAGGUCCAGCCCAGCCCCACAGAGCCGGGGCCCGUGUGGGGCUCGGGGGUGCUGGAGGAGGGGGGGGGUUUCCAGCCCCCCACCGAGGAGCCCCCCCCGGACCUGCUGCCCCAGUUCCUGCUGACGCUGCUGGUGCCGCUGGUGGUGGCUGCUCUGCUCUGCCUGUUCCUGGGACACCUCAUGUGCUGCCGCAGGGAGGGAGUGCAAAAACGGGACCUGGAGACGUCUGACAUCCAGCUGUUCCACCACACCACGAUCCAUGGGGACACGCAGGAGCUGAGGCUCAUGGCUGGCAGCAGGGAUGUCCCACAGCCCCUAUCCACCCUCCCCAUGUUCAAUGUGCGCACGGGGCAGCGCAUCAACCCCAUGGCUGCAGCCGCGGAUGGAGCCCGAGUCCCGCUGCUCCCGCAGUGAUGCCGGGACAAGGACACAGCCCCAGGGACAGGGAUGGGUGAAGGGGUGUCCGGAUACCUCUGUGGGGACCCCGUAGUUGUCACCUCCUUGGGGGUCCCCUCCGUGUGUGGGUUUGAGCUGAUAAAGUGAUU